UGGAGAAGCUUAGAAUUUAGUGUGGUUUCAGCAUGUUUUCUGGAACCACGAUGAUGGUACCGCUGAGACCCUGUAAUGGGGUCUCUCAGUAUUUAUCAAAAAGCCCAAUGGUUCACACAAAGAGGCAGACAACUGUAAGGAAUAUUUACAUGAAAGCACAAACACAAGCAGUUCCCUCCCGAACCCAGAGGAUAAUGGAGAGCAUUUCAGUCGGUGGUGAGGUUGGCGGUGCUGGUGGAGCAUACUCCUACAGUGCCUUGAAGAGGUUGGACAAAAUUUGGUCGAGCAUCUGCUCUGCUGAGACUGUUCAGCAAGAACCUCAGCAGGUAGUUUCAGACUUUCCUGGUGUGUUUAGCCAUUCUGCUCUUGCUGAAAAAGCAGUCCAUAAAUUCGACGUGGUAGUUUGUGGGGGUACUUUGGGAAUCUUCAUUGCCACUGCCUUGAGUGUCAAAGGUCUUAAAGUCAGUGUUGUGGAAAGAAAUUUACUAAAAGGGAGGGAACAAGAAUGGAACAUCUCAAGGAAAGAGCUAAUGGAACUUGUAGAAGCUGGCAUUUUGAAUGAAAAUGACAUUGAAGAAGCUACUGCUGUAUCAUUCAAUCCUAACAGAUGUGGAUUUGAGAAUAAGGGCGAGAUCUGGGUAGAAGACAUUCUUAACCUGGGUGUCUCGCCUGUAAAGCUUAUAGAGAUUGUGAAAAAACGUUUUAUUGCCCUUGGUGGAGUUAUCUUUGAGGGUUGCAGCGUGUCUGGCAUAAGCAUUUAUGAUGAUGCAGCUGUCUUGCAACUUGCUGAAGGAAACAUUCUUUCAUCUCGUCUCAUCAUUGAUGCCAUGGGAAAUUUUUCUCCUGUGGUAAAACAGAUAAGAGGUGGGAGGAAACCAGAUGGUGUUUGCCUUGUUGUUGGGUCCUGUGCUCACGGAUUUAAGGAUAACUCUACUAGUGAUGUCAUAUAUAGUAGUUCAUCAGUGAAGAAAGUUGGCAAUGCAGAAGUACAAUACUUUUGGGAGGCAUUUCCGGCUGGGUCUGGUCCCUUAGAUCGCACAACUUAUAUGUUCACUUAUGUUAAUCCUCAACCAGAUUCCCCAAAACUGGAAGAAUUAUUGGAAGACUAUUGGGAUUUGAUGCCUAAAUAUCAGGGAGUUUCUAUUGAUAAUCUGGAGAUACUGAGAGUUAUAUAUGGCAUUUUCCCCACAUAUUGUGAAAGUCCAUUGCCAGCAGCAUUUAAUCGUGUUUUACAGUUUGGUGAUGCUAGCGGCAUACAGUCACCUGUCUCUUUCGGUGGUUUUGGGAGCUUGACUAGGCACAUUGGAAGAUUGUCAAAUGGGAUUUAUGAAGCAAUCAAUGGAGAUUUUCUUGACUCAUACAGCUUGUCCCUGCUGAAUCCUUACAUGCCGAACUUGAGUGCUUCAUGGCUAUUUCAAAGGGCGAUGUCUGCAAAGAAAAAGACCAAUGUUUCAUCAGAGUUUAUUAAUGAGCUUCUUGACAUAAACUUCAAGAGCAUGCAGAGGCUAGGGGACCCAGUGCUAAGACCAUUUCUUCAGGAUGUCAUACAGUUUGGGCCCCUUGCCAAGACAUUGGGCCUUGUAAUGCUAACUAAACCCCAAAUUCUUCCAUCAAUAUUCAAGCAGGUUGAUAUACCUGUUCUUUUUGACUGGUCUGGACAUUUUUUCAUGCUGGGUUAUUAUACAUUUCUCUCAUCCUUCAUGGACCCCGUCAUAAGGUCAUGGUUAAAUGCUUUUCCAUCCAAGAUGAAGUAUGAAUGGAAGCGGCGCCUUGAGGCUUGGAAAUAUGGAUCUGGUUUAGAUUACAGGCUAUGAAUAGUUAGUCAAAGAGGGCUGACACAUAAUAGACUAGUAGAGGAAAUGGAAGCUUAACUAGUUGCUCUUGCUACUAUCAGCUUUCCCCCAAGAUUAUGAAUGGUCUGUAAGGAAAAUUCAUUGAACAAUUUGUAGUUCUUGCACAGAUUGUUGGGACUAUUUUAUCGUCUUUCCUUUAGAGCAUGGAAAUGCUCAUUCAUCAUUAUCUUUCUGUACAUACAAUUUAUUAAAUUGAUUUUAUAAAAUAAAAUCGUACAUAUAUUUGAGGCAUAUUUGGCACCGACGA